GGCAACUUGCUUCUUGUGCAUAUUAAAAUAGUGUUAUCUUUUAAUCUUUGGCUUUAAAUGACAAACGAACGAAAAAGUCAAGAUCGUCGUUGGUCUAUAAGAAGCAAAACGCUCAUCAUAUUCAAGAUCCUCCAAAAUCAGUAGAACCAUGGAAAAGCCAAAGUUCAAGACUGUCCAAGAGGUGGUUGCAGCCGGCGAAGGACUGCCGGUGAGAUAUCUCCACGUACCCACCGGAGACGGCGAAGUUCAACCUCUUAACGCUGCGGUGCCGGAGAUGGAUAUUCCGGCCAUCGAUCUCAGUCUUCUCCUCUCUUCUUCUGAAGACGGUCGAGAAGAGUUGAGUAAACUUCACUCGGCACUCUCUACAUGGGGCGUUGUUCAGGUGAUGAAUCAUGGAAUUACAGAAGCGUUUCUUGACAACAUUUACAAGCUAACCAAGGAGUUCUUUGCGCUUCCGACCGAAGAGAAACAGAAGUGCGCGAGAGAGAUUGGUAGUAUCCAAGGAUAUGGAAACGACAUGAUUCUUUGGGAUGAUCAAGUUCUUGAUUGGAUCGAUCGUUUGUAUAUUACUACUUACCCUGAAGAUCAGAGACAACUUAAGUUCUGGCCUCAAGUCCCACUCGGAUUCAAGGAAACUUUACAUGAGUACACAAUGAAGCAACGGAUAGUGAUUGAGCAAUUCUUUAAAGCCAUGGCUAGAUCUUUGGAGUUGGAAGAGAAUAGUUUUCUAGACAUGUAUGGAGAAAGUGCUACUAUGGAUACAAGAUUCAACAUGUAUCCUCCGUGUCCGAGGCCGGACAAGGUUAUUGGGGUUAAACCGCACGCUGAUGGCUCGGCUUUCACUCUUCUCUUACCGGACAAAGAUGUGGAAGGGCUUCAGUUCCUCAAAGAUGGGAAAUGGUAUAAAGCUCCUAUAGUCCCUGAUACAAUUUUGAUCAAUGUUGGUGAUCAAAUGGAGAUAAUGAGCAAUGGGAUAUACAAGAGCCCGGUUCAUAGAGUGGUGACUAACAGAGAAAAGGAAAGGAUAUCUGUGGCAACGUUUUGCAUUCCAGGUGCAGACAAAGAGAUUCAGCCUGUGGAUGAGCUUGUGUCUGAGGCAAGACCAAGAUUGUAUAAAACAGUUAAGAAGUAUGUGGAGCUCUACUUUAAGUACUAUCAACAGGGUCGAAGACCUAUUGAAGCUGCAUUGAUCUGAUAAUACGCUCAAGUCUCCAAUCUGGUUUGAAUCUGUUUCUUUAGUUGCUUGCUCCUUAAAGAAAACACUGUUGCUUUGUUUUGUUGGAAAUGUGAGGCUGCAUUGUGUUGUGUUGCAA